AUGGCACAUAUAUCGUAUCCAUUUAAAAAAACAAACAAAGCUGUCUAUCAAAAACCUGCAUCUGUUUUAACUGAGGAUACUCUUUAUUGGAAGAAACUUGGGCUUCCAGUGCUAGUUAAAGAAUUUGGAGCUAUAGACUAUUUGGAUUUCAGCCCAGUAGAACCAUAUUAUUUUGCUGCAACAUGCUCUGUCAGAGUUCAGGUUUAUGACCCUAUUUCAAAAGUAGUGGCAAAGAAUAUAUCAAAAUUUGUUGAGGCGGCCUAUGGAGGUUGUUUCAGGAAUGAUGGUAGGUUACUUGUUGCUGGUAGUGAAGAAUCUGCUGUUAAAUUGUUUGAUGUCCAGUCAAAAAAUGUGUUAAGAGUAUUUACAGGUCACACUGGCCCGGUACAUAGAACAUUCUUCACAAAAGAUCAAGUAAAAGUUCUUAGUUUCUCAGAUGAUAAAUCAGUUUGUUUAUGGGAUAUUGCAACAGAAGAAAAAAUUGCAAGUUUCUCCGAACACACAGACUAUGUAAGAGCAGGUGCUCCAAGUCCAAUUUUACCUGAUAUUAUACUAUCUGGUGGUUAUGACCAUGCUGUAAAAUUAUAUGACUGUCGAUCAAAUGAAACUGUUCUAACAGUCGACCAUGGCAGUCCAGUAGAAUCUACAUUAUUUUUACCAUCAGGAGGAAUAUUUAUUAGUGCCGGUGGCACUGAGAUCAAAGUAUGGGAUAUAUUUAACGGUGGAAAAUUACUUGCGAAUAUUUCACAGCAUCAUAAAACUGUUACUACUUUAAGACUAGCCAGCAAUAAUAGCCGGCUUAUGUCAGCGUCACUUGAUAGACAUGUAAAGAUUUAUGAUCUGGCCACAUUCAAAGUGGUGCAUAAUAUUGAUUUCCCAAAUGCUGUGUUAAGUAUGGCAAUAUCAGAGUGUGAUGAUGUGCUAGCGGUUGGAAUGAUUGAUGGAGUUAUUUCUAUAAGAAAGAGAGAACAACCGGCUUCCUUGUUUGAAGAAAAGAGAGGAUUAUUCAAAUUUGCUCCCGACCACAUAGCAGCGGAAACUGUAGAUGAGGUUGUUACAAAACAAAAGAUUGAAAAAGGACCUGAUUUUGACAAAUUUCUACGAAAAAUGGAAUUUAGCAAAGCUCUAUCAGCUGUAUUGAAAACUUAUGUAGCAACCAAGUUUCCCGAAAAAACCAUUGCUUUGAUGCAAGAAAUGCUGAGAAGGAAAGUCCUACAUAAAGCCAUAAGAGGUAUAAAGGAAAGCGAUGUGGGAGCACUUCUAAAAUUCUUUAAAAAAAAUUUAGGAGAAACAAGAUUCACAAGGACUAUAAUAGAUGCUACUAAUGCUUUCAUUGAUGUUUUUGAAAAUGAAAUCAAACUAUUUUCUGAACAAAAUCUAUUGCUUUACACCUCACUGCUAGAAGAAAUUAAAGAGGAAAUAGAAGUUUGUAAAAGAGUUAGUGAGCUUGAAGGUGCUAUUGGACUUAUUCUAUCUGGUGCUCAAGUUGGUACAAGCCAGGAUAUUAUAGAACUAAAUGACAAUAUGGCUCCAUCGGCUAAAGCUCGGAAAGAUAUUGUGAUAGAUGUAUGA